UUUAUUUACAUAGCCCCGCCUACCGUCGCCUGAGCCCCGCCCUUCGCUCAUAGUCCCCCGCACCCCCCUCCCGGUGCUUUUCCGGGCUGACUCGCGGUGCACUCUGGGAACACCACCGGACAGCGUAAUGGCGGCGACGAGGCGGUUGCAGAAGGAGUUGACGGACAUUCGUACUUCCGGGAUGAAGAACUUCCGGAACAUCUUGGCGGAGGAUUCCAACAUUCUGCUGUGGCAUGGCCUCAUCGUGCCGGACAACGCGCCGUACGACAAGGGCGCGUUCAGGAUUGAGAUCAACUUCCCGGCAGAGUACCCCUUCAAGCCGCCCAAGAUCACUUUCAAGACCAAGAUAUACCACCCCAACAUCGACGAGAAGGGGCAGGUCUGCCUGCCCAUCAUCAAUGCCGAAAACUGGAAACCGGCCACCAAGACUGACCAAGUGAUCAACGCCCUUGUCGCGCUCGUGAACGACCCGGAGCCAGAGCACCCCCUGCGUGCCGACGUGGCGGAGGAAUACACCAAGGACAGAAAAAAGUUCCUCAAGAACGCUGAAGAAUUUACCAAGAAAUACAGCGAGAAGCGACCGUCCGACUAGCACCUCACGAACACAAGUUCUACUGCCCUCUCGCCACCCCUCCUACCAUCCCCUCCCCUAACCCACUGACCCUCCUGCUCCACUCUUCAUCCUCCUCCCCUUCUCAAUCUCCUCUCCACCUCCCCCGCUCUUCUCAUCUUCUUCCACACCCCCUCCCCAAACCCAACCCAACCCUCCCAUUGCUCCCUCGCCUCGUCCACGGCUUAACCCUAACCCGCCGGCCAUAAUUCAAACCUCACAGCACCCACCGUUUCCUGCUGCCAAGCGGCUGAGCUCAGCCUGCAUCUCCACCACGCCCCUCCCGUGUUGGCGCCGUCUUUUCGGCGAGGCUGCGCGGUUUGAUGCUCACCUCUCCCCCUCUCGCACCAUCUCCUUUCCUCCUCCCCCCUGCUCUCCCGCGGGACUUUGCGACUGCACGUGCGCAGAACCAAUGUGUGGAUUGGAACACAUUAAGAAAUGAAGCUUGAAAUUUAUGACAUUUAAAAAACACACAAAGUCCCCUUGAUUGGUUGUGGCGCUGAGAAGGUUCGGGUUUUUGCGGGCAUUUUGAGUGGUUGGCUCAUGGUGGUGGUGGUGAUCGUUGUGUUGGUUAUAGUGGUUGUGGUGAUGGUGGUUUUGAUGAUUGUUGUGGUGGUGGUGGUGGUGGCGGCGGUGGUGGAAAAGUUCAAACUUGACCCAAAUGUCGACAUGGUCCUGUGCCAUUUUACCCACAAUGCUCUCUUGCUCAAGUUGACGGCCCCCACAUUGAUGCACUGUGCAGUGAAAGUGGCACGAACCAAACGCUAACAUCCAUCAAGCGGCCAUAUCUAACUUGUACAAAAAAAUACAUUAUCAUCAGCUGUGCAUUAUCUACCGCUUUCCAUUGCACGUGACAACAGCAGUGAUGCAAUGGGUUGAGGGCAUGGGUUUUCGUGUUAACAUCUCCUCACUGGGGUUAUGACCCCUCCAUUGCAAGACCCUUGGGGGUUGGGGGUCAUGUACUGGGAAUCUUGACUUCCAAAUUAGAAUUUACUCGGCAGCUCUUGAGACGUUUCUGUCUCUAGACACGUCUUGUAAAGUCGACCCUUUUUGUGUACCCAGCGUGAAAUCAUUCUCUUGUGCACAAUGGAGAGAUGUCGUUCGCUGCUGUUGACAAACGCAGUUGUGAGCGGAUGAUGCCCACCCACACAGCCCUCUGCCCCUCACCCUGCACCGCUCGCUCACCCACUUACCCCGCUCAUCUGUCCCGUAUCGUCCCCUGUGUAGAUCGUCCUUCCGUUUUCCAAUGUUUUACUCGCGUCUCCGUGCCUCCAUCCUCCGGUCUUUGUCUUCUCUCGUGUGCUCGCUCUCUAAAUUUUUCUCCCCACAUCUCCCUGCCUCUGUUAAACUACCGUCCCAGUUUACUGGCUUCGCGUGCAUUUUUUAAAAAAUUUAUUUCACGGAUCGCUGGCACUCAAAAUCGAAAUCUUUAUUUAGACUGGAGACUUGUACGGCCGAUGGCUGCUGCUGUGCGCUUAUAAAUUAGCGGCACAGAGCUUGCGUGGUUAUAUAAAUACUAUAUAUACGUACGUGUACAUCCCGCUUAAGUGGCUUGUGUGUUCGGGCGAGAUCUCGUUGGAUUACACAUGACUCGGCGCGCCCACCUCCUGCCCCUCUCCAUCCCCCCCCCCCCUGCCCUCCCGACUCAUACGCUCAAACCCGUGUGUGCAAAGCUUAAUGCCUCCGCACUUAGCCUCUGCUUUAUUAUUGUGGGAUUUGGUUCGUCUCUUUUUCGCAUUAAAAAGGAGAUGUGUAGAAAUGUCA